CGGGCGAAGGCGGGGUGAACGGCGCCCCCUGCGGCCGGGCCAGGCACGGGCGCGGGCUCCCGCGGGGGUCGCAGGGCCGGGCGGGGCAGCGGCGCGGGGAGCUGUCCCCAGCCGACGCCUCCCGCUGCAGCCCCAUGCUGCUGCCCCUGGCGUGCCUGCACGGCCGCGUCGCGCAGUGCCUCACCGCCCUUCUUGUGCUUGCAGAGCCGCCCCCGAAGCCCCGGCGCGGCGCGAGGAUUUGCGGCGCGGCGCAGCUCUGCGCCGAGGCCGCCCCAGCCGCCCUGCCCGCGAAGAUGGCCGCGGAGCUCUACCCGCCCGCCCGCGCCGCCGCCGCCACCGAUAUCGCCAACAGCAAUGCCGCGGCCGCGGGCAGGAAGACCAGCCCGCGCAGCCCUCCCCGCGUCCCGGCCCCCGCGCCGCCGCCGCCCGCGCCCGCGCCGCCCGCGCCCUGCAACAACAACGCGGAGAGCCCCAACUGGCAGUCCUGCCACCCCACCCUUCGCGAGAGGAACGCGCUGAUGUUCAACAGCGAGCUCAUGGCCGACGUCCACUUCGUCGUAGGGCCCCUGGGCGCGACCAGGAGGGUACCUGCCCACAAGUACGUCUUGGCUGUUGGCAGCUCUGUCUUCUAUGCCAUGUUUUACGGCGACCUUGCAGAAGUCAAGUCAGAAAUCCACAUACCGGAUGUGGAGCCCACGGCUUUUUUGAUCUUGUUAAAGUACAUGUACAGUGACGAGAUUGAUCUUGAAGCUGACACUGUGCUGGCCACUCUCUAUGCUGCUAAGAAGUACAUUGUCCCCGCGUUGGCGAAAGCCUGCGUCAACUUUCUGGAGACAAGUCUGGAAGCCAAAAAUGCUUGCGUCCUGCUGUCUCAGAGUCGGCUAUUUGAGGAGCCUGAGCUGACCCAGCGUUGCUGGGAGGUCAUCGAUGCACAGGCAGAGAUGGCCCUGCGGUCUGAGGGCUUCUGUGAAAUUGACCGGCAAACACUGGAGAUCAUCCUGACCAGGGAGGCCCUCAACACCAAGGAGGCAGUGGUCUUUGAGGCAGUCCUACAUUGGGCUGAGGCAGAAUGCAAGAGGCAGAGCCUGCCAGUCACCCCACGCAACAAAAGGCAUGUGUUGGGGCGAGCCCUCUAUCUGGUCCGAAUUCCAACCAUGACCCUGGAGGAGUUUGCCAAUGGUGCUGCCCAGUCAGACAUCCUGACACUGGAGGAGACCCAUCACAUCUUCCUGUGGUACACGGCUGCCAAUAAGCCCCGCCUGGACUUCCCUCUGACCAAGAGAAAGGGCCUCGCCCCACAGAGGUGCCACCGCUUCCAAUCUUCUGCCUACCGCAGCAACCAGUGGCGGUACCGUGGGCGCUGUGACAGCAUCCAGUUUGCCGUGGACAGAAGGGUAUUUAUUGCAGGGCUCGGCCUAUAUGGGUCCAGCUCUGGAAAGGCCGAGUACAGUGUAAAGAUUGAACUCAAGCGGCUGGGGCUGGUCCUGGCUCAGAAGUUGACUAAGUUUGUAUCAGACGGAUCCAGUAACACCUUCUCAGUCUGGUUUGAACAUCCAGUCCAGGUUGAACAAGACAGCUUCUAUACGGCCAGUGCUGUCCUGGAUGGCAGCGAGCUCAGCUACUUUGGGCAGGAGGGGAUGACAGAAGUGCAGUGCGGGAAGGUGACCUUCCAGUUCCAGUGCUCCUCGGACAGCACCAAUGGGACGGGGGUCCAGGGCGGGCAGAUCCCUGAGCUCAUCUUCUAUGCCUGACACACUGUGCAGUGGGAAGGCUAUGCCACUAGCCCUCUGCAGUAGCCAGACCUAGUACAUGGAGGGAGGCGGAGGGUACUGCCUCACAACUGUGGAAGACCCUACUUACUUUGUAUCUCUGGGUAUAUAGUCAGCUAUAGCCCAAUGGUUAUGAAAUAGACCCCUUUUCUACCCAGCCAGAGCUCAGCAUCUGAAUCUCAAGACAUCUCUGGGACACUGGGGAUGCACAUCUCAGGCAGAGGGCAGAUUUAGGGUAUAAGGCAGGCCCCAAGUCCCCUCUCAGUGGCACCUACACUGCCUGCUUCUAGGGGCAGGAUGUUCCUCCCACCCUCUUGGGUUCUAAGGGUUGUUCCAAGCUUAAUAUGAGACUUUGCCUUCAAAUCUAAAAUUAGUGAAAAAUUGCUUAAAAUAGUUCAUCUAUUUAAGUAGAUUUUCAUAAUAAAGGUUGCAUAAAAUGGUAGCUAUGUGUAGAUAAAUGACUAUAGGAGUCACAAUCUGGGGCAUUAUGUUUUUUAUACAACUGAGAACAAGUCCUCCUGGCCAUCAAGAGAAGAAAACCAUCACUACUAACUGGUUAGAAGCAAACCACACCCUAGAGAUACCCAUCUGUCCCGUGGACCCCCAGUAGUCAGGGUUGGUUCCUCUAGGGCUGCAGCUAGAACAUUCCAGAAACACCCAGUAUCUGGUUGCCUCUGUUCUUCCUAAAGCAUUGCCAGAACCUCUGAAGUCCUACUGUGUGGCCUGGAUUAGUGGGGGCAUGCUCUCCUGGGCCCAGUGCUCCAGGCCCCUAGGAAAAGACCCCUGGCCUCAGGCUGGCUGACACUGAGUAAUGCCAGCAGUGCCACUGCUAUGGGGAUGGCUUGUCUGGCCAUGCACUGUGGGGUAAAGCAGGCUCUCCCAGCCUCUUGUCUCUGUCUUCCCACACUAUACACCCUACAUGCAGUUGAUUUGUUUCUGACAAACCUCAGCUUGACCACCAAAGGGGAGGGACAGCCCUACUUGGCAUAGGCUGUGGCCUCCUGAGAGAGGGUGUGGGCUAGGUGUAGAACCCCAGCCUAGUUGGACAUCCUGAAAUUGGGCAAACCGGCCCAUCUUGCCCAGCACCAGGGUCAGUACCCUUCUCCCCCCUGGGCUCUGAACACUGCUGAGCUGUUGAAACCUGUGGACAGUGAUAGCCAAGUAAGGAGACGGCCUUCAGAGCAGGCUGUGGAAACCAGUCCUCUUGGCAAAGUUCAAAUAAAGGAUUUAAGUCAGUUCCAUCAGGCAGAGUGCUGUUAUGAUCUUUUCCUUCUACAUUUUUCCAUCAGGUUCCAUUCUACAUGCAUAAAACACCGGUACUGCCUCAAGGGGGAAACAAGAUUUACUCUACUCCUUCCCCAUGCUGAGAGAGGGACACACAGGUACAUGAAGUUGCCCACUCUGGAAGCUGACAGCACACAAAUGUGGAAGAAAACUUGUAAAGGCUCUGGUCCUGUGUGGAGGUCCCACCUUCCUAAAGGCACCUGCAGGCCAGGAGUAUUUCUCAAACCUUGUCCAAACAAGCAAGGCAGGCUCCCGCACACAGCCCCCGUCUCCCAUCUGCACCCUCAUCACAUUUGAUGCCACUAAUGGUGGGCUUUUCUGGUUUUGCACUGGAAAUAAAGCCUCCCUUGCUGGGCUCCCAACUGUAGGGGACGCUUCUUACCCUAACGGGUGUUGUGCUGAGACAGGGUUUCCCUCCCACUCUUCAGAAACAUCUGACACACUGA